ACAUGAGAAAAGCAGUUGACAGACCAAGAACAAUGACGCACCCGUCAUUCGUAGUGUCGGAUCACUUCGUUCUGAUUGCCUUGUUCUUCUUGACGAUCGUCCGCAUCUCCGAGGCUUCGCCCGUUCGUGACGGAGCUCUGGGCCCGGAAGCCGACGCCUGGCACGGCGCUGUUCUUCACAAGUUCUACGGACCUUGGUCGGAAGUAAAAAAGGCCAACGGGGAGAACGCCGACUACAAUGACUACGGUGCCCACAUUCAGGACUUCGAGCUUGGACCCGAAAACACGCCGUCUUACGAACCGGAAGAAAUCGACGGGCCCACCGGCGAUUUUCAAUCGAAUUACGCCGAGAUCGGCGUUGUCCAAGAUCCGGGCUUCGCCUUCAAGACGCAUCUUCCGGACGAAAAACAGUGAUCUCAAGCCUUGAAUCAUAGAGAGAAUCACCGCGUGAUUCAGAUCUUGGAAUGAUGUGUUUGAAACAAGUACUGGUAACGAAGACCGAUCGUUUAUGGUCAUUUGAUUCACAACUUUGCAAUUACUUAUCCUCGCCCACGUGUAGUUGACUUUUCUGAUAUGACCAUGUAUUGUUUAGUCGUUAUUUGUAUCCCCAUUUGUUAUAACUAGAUAUAGAUACAACGUAAGAGUGUGUAAAAUGCACUGAAUGUCCAACCUUAUUUUUGUACAAAUAUAACAAGAAAUAGACGGAGAAAUAAUU